AUGGCGCUGAGCCUGGUGGAGCGGCUCUUGGGGCUGCUCUACGCCGCUGUGAUAGACGCCCUGCUCUGGCUCUUCUGUGCCCUGUCACCGCGGGGGCCCGAGUCCAACAAGAGGCUGCCCCCGGUCCGCGAUCCGCUGCUGCUGGAGUCCGCGACGCAGCUGGCGCAGAAGAUCAGGCGCAGAGAGGUGUCCAGUGUGGAGGUGGUGCAGGCGUACAUUGACAGGAUCCAGGAAGUGAACCCUCUGAUCAACGCCAUGGUGCAGGACAGGUUCUCGAGUGCACUGCAGGAGGCCUCACAAGUCGACAAACUCAUCGAGGAGGAGAGCGGAGGAGAGGAGGUGCUGGAGGACCGGCUGCCUCUGCUCGGAGUACCCCUCUCUGUCAAAGAGUCCUUCGCUGUGCAAGGAAUGGCCCAAACGGGAGGCUCGGUGUCCAAAAAGGGCAGAGUGGCUACAGUGGACGCUCCAGUUGUGGCUCUGUUGAAGAGGGCUGGGGCGAUCCCGCUGGGGGUCACGAAUGUCCCAGAGCUGUGCAUGUGGAUAGAGUCCCACAAUCACCUCUACGGCAUGACCAAGAACCCCUACGGCCAGGACAGGAUCGCAGGGGGCAGCUCAGGAGGAGAGGGCAGUAUUCUGGGCGGAGCCUGUUCGGUCGUUGGAGUCGGCUCAGACAUUGGUGGCAGCAUUCGCCUUCCUUCUUUUUUUUGUGGUAUUUUUGGCCACAAACCUACACCAGGGAUUGUACCAAAUGAAAACCAGCUGCCUCCGACAUCCGGCCGCCAGGGGGAGCUCCUGAGCACGGGGCCAAUGUGCCGCUAUGCUGAGGACCUGCUGCCCAUGCUCAAGAUCAUGGCUGGGGCUAAUGUUGACAAGUUGUCUUUAAAUAAAAAAGUAGAUUUGAAGAAGUUGCGGUUCUUCACCCUUCCCAGCUGUGGAGAUGCGCUCUUCACAAACUCAGUCUCUGAGGAUCUGAAACAGGCUCAGAGGAAGGUGGUGGAGCGACUCGAGACUGACCUCGGGGUGAAGGUAGAAGAGGUGCACUUUCCAGAGCUGAAGCAUUCGUACGACAUGUGGUUUGUCUGCAUGGGUCUCCCGGACCACGACGGCAAUUUACCCACAAGUUUCUCGACUUUGCUCGGUGAGCCAGGACCUCCAGUCUGGCCUCUUUGGGAGCUUCUCAAAGCCGUGGUGGGAAAGUCUAACCACACAAUGGCUUCCAUCUUGUUUGGACUGUUAUCCAAGCUGAUGAACCCUCCUCUCUCUGCCUUGAAGAUAAAAGAGAAACUGCAGCAGGACUUUGAGGAGCUCUUAGGCACCGAUGGAGUCUUACUGUACCCCACUUUCCCCAGAGUGGCCCCCAAACACCACCAUGCUCUCUUCAAAAUAUACGACCUCAUCUACACAGCCAUCUUAAACGUGUUGGGUCUGCCGGUCACUCAGUGUCCCCUGGGUCUGAACCAGGACGGCCUUCCCCUGGGAGUGCAGGUGGUGGCGGGCAAGCUGCAGGACCACCUGACCAUCGCCACGGCACAGUACCUGGAGAAGGCUUUUGGAGGCUGGCGAGAUCCUGGGGCCAAUUAG